UGCUGAGGAGAAAGCAGGUGGAGACCUCGGAUGUUUACGGGAUUCACUUUGCAGAGGGAGGAUCACAGGAAGCAGGAAUGUAAAUUUAUUUCAUCAUUUUGGAGAAUAUCUCUUAUUUGUCGUCCUUUUUUAUUCAUCGCUGCCUGCUGGGUGCAGAAAUCUGCUGCUCGGUGACAUCGACAGUCUGAGAAAGGAUCCGUAUGUCUGUCGAGUCGCUGGAGGUUACGACGAUGUGAUGCUCCGUCGAAGCUUUUUUCCCUGAAACGUGAUAUUAUGCAGGGAACAAGAGGAGCUGCACGGAUUAAAGGGGAACAAAGCAUCGGUUUAGAAAACGACUUACAAACUGGCAGUAUUCGCCAACUAUGGUUGACCCCUCGGAGGCAGAGGAGCAGACUAAGUGUAAAGGUCCACAGCUUGACACCCCUGUGGUGGUCGCUGAAGACCCUCGACUGCCUGACCAGGCUGAUGGAACAACCACAGAGGAAGAUGGAGACGCUGGAUUCGAGACGCCACCCACCGGCAGUUCUGAGCCAAGCCCAUGCCAUGCUGCAUCUCCACCAGGACCAGACCCUGCCUCUCAUCAAGGGUCUCCACAGACUCAGGCGGACAAAGAUCAGCCGCCGAAGCUACACCUGGACCUGUACAACUUUGACUCACCAGCCGCCGAGGGCAGCCGCUACGUGCUAACAAGCCCGCGCUCUCUGGAGGCAUGUGCGCGAUGUGGAGUCAAACCCGUGGAGCUCCUCCCUCGCCCGCUCACUGACUUCGCCCGGGAGGCUCCAGGUCGAUCCAUGCGUGUGGCGACAGGUCUGUUUGAAGUCUACGAGAGGGAUCGGCAUGCCAAGCUGAGGCAGUGCCGGGAGGAGAGAGAGAGGAUCAUCAGAGAGGAGAAGAGGAGGAUUCUGCAGGCGACGGUGAACAGCAGCAGUGUCUCGCCCUCUGUGGAGCAGCACAAAGUGUCCUCUGGCACCACACAGUCCCCUAAAUCUGGGCCAGCAACCUCCUCCUCCUCCUCCAGCUCAGCCCCUGGACAAACAGGAGCAGCUCUUUUACCCAAACCACCCCCAUCUGGCUUUAGCACUUCACCUAAAUUUGCUCAUUCAGGAUCCACUCAGUCAAAGACUGGCUCCACACCAUCAUUCAAAGGUGGACUACAAGGAUCUGCCAAGCAUUCUGAACCAGCAAAACCAGCUCAUCCUCUCUCAUCUGGACCACCUCCUGUUGUUAGGAAGUCUUCAGGAGGUAAAACAUCCAAUACUUUCCCCAGAUCAACACCCAAGCCGCCGUCCUUCCCCAGAGCAAACUCUACAUUAACAUCUUCAGUGUCUAAACCUGCAGUCCAGAGCCCCAGCACGCCUCUAAACGGCGUGUCAGGGGGGCUUUUCUCUCAGCACAAUGGCCAUCUGGGAUUCCAUUCUAAAGUGCGGGGGAAAAGCCAUUCAUUGGAGUCCUUACAGCGGCGGAUUGAUCCGGUCUGCUCCUCAGCAUCGACUACAACCACCACCACAUGCACCUCUUCAGAGUCAGGAGCUUCCUCCUCUUACAGCUGGGAUGGAGCUCGAGAUCACUGGGCUAAAUUCUCCAGUCCCAGAGCUCGCACCAUGGCCACGUUUAACUCUCUGAUGGGCCGCAGCCUCAGCCUGGGCGACCUUAGCCACUCUCCUCAGACCACACAGAAGGUGGAGCGCAUCGUGAAGGAGGUGAAGAGACGAGGCUUGAAGGCCGUGUCAGAACGUGAUCGGAAGAUCGCAGCUCUGAUGCUGGCAAGGUACCAGGAAGAAGACAUCAUGAGCCAGACUAGAUAUGUGGCGCACCUUCAGUGGGACAGCGAACGCAGGAUGGAGGAGCUGCGGCGUGAGCAGGAGGAGAGGGAGAAGCAGAAGGCAGUGCUGGAGUGUCAGCGGGUGUGGCAAACGCAGGUGUCGAUACGUCAGAGACGACUCAGCCAGCAGGAGAAACAAUCAGCUGCCGCAAAGAUGAGACAGGCAGAGGAGAGUGAAGAGCGGUGGAGGGAGCUGGCAGAGCAGCAAGAGCGAACCCGUCUGCUCAGGCUGCAGCAGGCUGCACGGGAGGAGAGGCACAAGAAAGCCCUGCAGGAGCAGAACCUGAAGGCCUUGGAGGAGGAGAGGGCUGCCAUGCUGGAGCAGGAGAGGCUCCUGCUGAAGGAGAAGCUCACCAUUGCCGAGCUGAAGAGGCAGGAGAAGGAGCACCAGGUGCAGGAGGACCGACGUGGCCUGAACAAAGCAGAACGGAGACGCCACGCUGCCCUGAUCCAGGAGAUUGCCCGCAGGGAACAGGAAGAGAGGGAAGAGGCCAGAAGGGUGGCAGAGGAGAAACUCAGCCGCUCCUUGGAGAAUUACGAACAGAUCGUCGAGCGGCGAGGCCAGGAGCUGAAGGAGAAGGCCAAGCGUGAGGAAAAGCAGAUCCAGAAAGCACGCAAAGCUGCAGAGAGGCGUGAGAAGCAGCAGCAGCAGCUCCUGGAAGCCCGCGUGAAGGAGGC